UCAGAAAACAACCAGUUUAGUGGCUAAUUUCAAAACAAAUACGUAAAAAUUCCGUAAUACUUUUUAUUAUUUUGAUUUAUAACAACACUGCCUGGUGUAGGACAUGGAAGUUUACAUUUUUUUUUAAGUGUGCUCUGAAUUUUUACACUUGUCAAAUGCCAAAAGUGCCAUUUUGAGUUUACUUGAAUUGUGAAAACUGAAACAGUUUUUUUCUCAAUUUAUCACGAACUUCUGCAGAAUUUAGGUAAAGAAAUGUGGUACGAAAUAAUCCCCAGUUUCCUAAUUAUAACAGUAGCAGUGGCAGCCCCUCACUACCUCACAGGACCUUUUAAUUGGCUACUUUGUGGUCAUUACUACCGAAGGUCCAUGUUAGACAAAUAUGAAGCAUUGCAAUAUUUACGCGAUAAAAGACUCAUCGAUCCUUAUAAACUUUUUGGUUUGGAAAAUAUCCCCGACGAAGAAGAAACAGAAGAGUUGAAUCCUGAUUCCAAUGCAGAAGAAACAAUGAAACAGAGGAUGGAAUUGAGGAAAAAGCGGAAAAAGAGUACGAAGAAGAUUGUGACUAAGAAAAGAGUUAAAGUUCAGUUUGUUGAAAAUUCGCAGUGACAAUCGCCACAUUAGCAACCACAUGUCGUGUCAUAUCUUUUGAAAUAUGUGUCUGUAUCCGGUGGAGAUACCACAUGGAUGUUUCCCGUAACGAAUUAUCAUCCAACAUGGAAAAAGUCUUUUCUAAUCGAAACGAUCCAAUCAUAUUAUCAGUUAUUUUUGUUGUUUGUUGCUACAUACAUUUAAAUCGAGUUUAUCACAGAAAUAGCUUCAAUAAUUAAGUUUGUGAUGUGUAUUAAAUAAAUCAGUACCCAG